AUGGAUAACCAUGCACCAUGGGGGCAACCUUAUGAACAAGAAACAUACUCAACUUGGUAUCCAUGGGAUGAGAGAAUGACCAAUUAUCCUACAAACAACAUGCCAUCAAGCUCUUGGAAUCAACCAAUUUUUGGCACGAUUGAUGAUAUGUCAAUAUUUGAAAGUGGUUUGUAUCGGCAACAAUAUGAUUAUUAUGGUGACAAUAUGUAUAUGGGUGCUAAUAACUACUACGGAUUUGAACCGAAGCCAGAGAAACCAGUUGAUCCAAGGUUGUUGUCAUUGUUAAAAUUCUCUAGGGAGCUCUAUGUUCGAAGAAAGGAAUUAUGCAAGAAAAGCUUUCCGAAACUUCAUGAUGAAUUUGUAGAGUUUUCUGAGAAAUGUGGCGGUGUUGUGCCUCAAGUACAAAUACCUCAUCUUCAAGUGAAUAGAAGGAGAUCAACUCCAACCUUGCAAAGGAGUUUGAGCGUUGGCUCGCCAAGAACACCAUCUAAUAGAGGAGGAGAAUCGGAUUUGAGGCUUGACCGGUUUAGGAUACGUACUCUAAACGUAGACAGCGGUGGCGGUGGCGGUGGUGGUGGCGGCAGCAGCAGCAGCGGAAUUGGCAUUGUUGUUCAAGGUGGCCAAGGGGAUACUACCAAUCCCGGUGGCUCUAAGUCUAAGUAA